CAACAAUUGAAUCUGAAUGGGUGAUAGUCCGACGAUUCUGUACGGUCUUUUUGCGUUGUUAUGCGAUAAAAGACGUGUCUCGUACUACCCGUUUUUACUAGCAAGUGUUGCAACGGUCCCGCAGCCUUGUUUCUGCUUAGAGGGUAUAGUGGCACUUCAACUCCACCGUAAGUAACUCGGUGCAAAAGAAGGCCUUUCCUUGUCGAACAAAAAAGCAGAAGAAAAAAUGACUCACAUCGUCAAUGGCACCCGGUUUCCCCUGUGGGAGGUUCCGGGGCUGUGGGACCCAAGCGAGGACCAGGUGCCGCGGAAGAAGUUUUUCUCCCCUUUCGACGGGCAGUGCGCGGUCACAUACAAGAUCGACCCAGCUGAGGUGGACGCAGAGUUGCGACGGAUCGAACUGCUGAAGCAGAAGGAAAAGAGCGCCGCUGUGGCUACCUCCGAGAAGAAAAACAAGGAGUUUCUGAAGUUGCAGAGGGUCGAAGCGGAAAAGCAGGCGAAACGCGACGCGAGCUCGUCGCUCCUGGCUUCCGCGGUUGGGGCGGCUAAUACCGGUGGAGCAGAGGGAGGAGAUGGUGAGCACGAUGAAAACAAGAUGGAUCUUUCAGGUGCGACACCAUCUGCUACUGCGGGUUUGCUUUCCGAGAGCGGGAAUAGCAAGCCUAUGAAAACCGCAGGAGCAUCAUCUUCAUCAUCCAAAGCAGGCACAGCGACAAAGAUGAACAAAAUGAAAUCCGCCUCUACUUCCGAAAAAGUCCUCGACAAGAACCCUGCAUCGCCAUCAACGGUAGCCAUGAAAGCCGCGAAAAAGCGGAAGCUAGAGAAUCAAGCGAUUACCGCUGGGAGGAAAAGUGACUCGAAGAUGCCCGCGGCCACAUUGCUGCCGUUCGUACCCGAGCAGCAGGGGCCGAUGAUUGCAGACGCGGGGACAGCAUCAAAGAAGAAGAACUCUUCCUCUACGUCGGCGGCACUGGCAUCGCCGAUGAUCAUGUCAAAUCCGGACGAAAAUGAAAAUGAUCCCGAACAUGUUCUUGAGAACGACGAUCUUGCAAUGCAGAGCCCGGUGCUUAGCAAAGAAAAACCUGGUACUGUGGACAAGCAUCCACUGAAAUUGAAGAUGCGAACGAAGAACACGUCCAUGAUGAACGGUUUCGCCAACGCGGAGCCGCAGUCGCCCAGCGCCGUGAAGAUUAACCCGAACGUGAAUCUGCUGAAGAACAAGGCGCAGUUUGUCAAGCGGCGCGACCCCUGGGCGGAGAAGCGGUUUUGCGUGCCCACGGCGUGCUUCAAGCGGAUGCUGAAAAACUCCAUUCUGAAGGAGACGAAAAACACCAAACUGUACAAGCUGAAUUUGGAGGCCGUUCUGAUGCUGCAGGAGGCGGGAGAGAGGUUUCUAACCGGUGUGAUGGAGGACUGCAACGUGUGCGCGAAACACGGAAAGCGGAAGACGGUCAUGUCCCGGGACCUCAUGCUCACCAUGCGGAUUCGCGGACAGUUUGGUUGGGCCGCCAACAAAGACGUGAAUCGCACCUACGGGAAGGAUCAAGGUACUUAUACACAUACUAAGAUCUUCAGAUCCUACUUUUCGGAGUAGAUAAUUUUCUACGAUUCUGUGCGGAAAAAAGUAGGACUUCAGUAGAGAACACUUUAUUGCGAUAAACAAGACAUUCCGAGACACAUAAAAUCUAUCACUCACAAAACAGCGAACAUGUUCCUGAAGCCCCCGUCCGCGUCGCAACCCCCGAAGGGGAACGUCGCGCAACUACAGGAACAGGAUGUAUUUGGCGCUGUCACGAGUUCCACGUCCGUUGGGCAACAAGGGUUGACCGGUCUUUUCGACUUCAACGUGACCCCCGGCAUGACUGCGGGUGCGACUCCGGGCGCGACCCCUGGCAUGGAGUCCGCUGGCGGUCGCGGUACUAGCACUGGUGCUGUUGUAGUUCUUGAUAGCGAUCAGGAGCGGGCGGUCACGCCGGCGGGAUUGAACAACGUGAAGAGGCAGGACAUGAUCAGCGGCACUGAGGUGAACCUGAUGUUGAAUCACCCUCCAGCUGUGAUAAAGACUUCCUCAUCCAGGACGAAUCACAUGCAGAGUAAUACGAUGCAGUCCAGCCCUUUCCAAGUAGACCAAAGCAGCGCAGUUAUGGCCGCACCGAGACCUGUGCGUGGACCGCGUCAACAUCUACCUGAAUCGUCCGUCGAAAUCUUCAAUUCGACGGAAAACUUCUUGCAAAAUUUGAAAUCCUCCAACUCCGGAACCUCAACUUCGGCCGCUUUAGAUAAAAACAAGACGAACAAGCAUGCGACCUACCAUUCGUCCUCGUCUGCCUCUGCUGCCUCGGCGUCGGGUUCUGCCUCGGCGGGUGCCGCUGCGCUGCACCGAGGACGCCAGCACUCCGGGGGCGGGUCGAGCAACACUAAUAAUGUGGACCUCGAGGGGGAUUUCGUGGGUUCUCUGGGUGCACCAGACGGGGGGAGCAAAAGAGGUAGCGACAUCGGUUUCAAAAACGGAUUGAGCCGAAGUAAACCGCAGCCGUCGUUCCUCGAUACGCUGAACAGGCAGGAAAGCGGGUUCAGUACGAGCGAGACACCGAGAAGUCUGUCGCAGAUCUCGGCUAUUGACGAAAAUGAGAAGUACGAACAAGAUGGAAACCUGGACGACGUGGAGUCGCCGAGUUUCCGGUAGUGGAAAAGACGACAGCUUUCGAAGAAAGCAGAAAGGUGUGUUUUCGGUUUCCGGUUUAGCUUAACGGGGUAAAAAGUUGCAAAUGAAUUGCACGCAUUCGCAUCAGAAGCAUUCGAUAACAUAUUCUAUCAUAAAUUAUGAAUCCCAUGUAUAUUGUCUCUUAUUUUUUCGUAUGGUCCUCAUGAACAUGAUCACCUCAUUUCAUCCUUUUUUUUCAAAAAAAAAAAACAUCCUGCCGAAAUUUUGCCUUCAGUGACAGCUGAGCGUAAGGGUGCUCCACAUUGCAGCGAAGAAGAAAUCAACACAACAGAAACUCGGUCUCAUCACAUGCGAAACAGGCAUCUAAUGAACGCAUGCGAAAAUAAAAUUGACGCGAUGCUGCAUUCUACCAAGUAAUGCUGCAUGCACCACGAGGAC